UCCACUUCUCUCACCUCCUUCUCCUCAGGAAUCCUCAGGUGCACCUGUGACCCCGAGCCAUGUCCUGCUGCAAGCCCUGCGACCCUUGCUGCCAGCCCUGCGGCCCCUGCUCGCUGGGCAGCAGCUGCAAUGAGUGCUGUGUCAGGCAGUGCCAGGAUUCCCACGUGGCCAUCCAGCCCUCGGCUGUGGUGGUGACCCUGCCCGGCCCCAUCCUCAGCUCCUUCCCACAGAACACCGUGGUGGGUUCCUCAACCUCGGCUGCCGUUGGCAGCAUCCUCAGCUCUCAGGGAGUGCCCAUCAGCUCUGGGGGCUUUGACAUCUCCUGCAUCACCAACUGCUAUGGUGGCAGCAGAUGUCGUCCCUGCUAAAUCUGCUGGCAAAUCCUCGGGCAAGAACCUCCAAGAUCUCUGAACGUGGUUCUGUGCAGAGAUAGAGCUUUGGGACAUUGUAUUUACAGCUUCAACGCAUUAUUCCCUUCUACUUUUCUUUGUCCUCUGUUUUCUGUCCAUGUCUCCCCAGACCAGCCUAGUGGGGACAUGUUGCACUGCCUUCCUCUGAAGGGCAGGCAGGUGCACCCCCUGUAGGAACUCCACUGCAUCUUACUGGCUGCUAAUGGUGCUCUUUGUGAGCCACCUCCUUUUCUUGCUUAGAGUCAAUAAAGUUGUUUUGCAUCCUA